AUGUGUAGAAUAUUAGCGGUGGUACUCUUGCAAUUCGCAAGUUUAAGCGCAGCACCACUCAAUUUGCAACUUCGGCACCCGCUGCAGAAAACGGCGCAGCAUCCCCAGCAGAUGCUGCAGCAACAGCUGCUUGAACUGCAACACCUGCAGGGAUUCCAGCAGAAAACCGAUUGGCCAGCUCAAUUAGGAAUAUCACCGGUCAUAAUCCUCCUACCGAGCCAGAUCGCCGCAAAGAAUAUCAACGACCACACCAAGAUCUCUGCCGACACGAAGAGUAGCAACAAAGAAGUGGUCAACGAGGAUCUAGAAUCAAUAACAGUGGAUGCUGACACCGGUGACGAAGACGCGGCCGUUGAGCCACAGAACAUCGUCCUUCUACCAAACUAUGCAAGAUUGUCGUUGGGUGAUAUAAUCGCCGCAAUACCCUUUUUACCGAUAGAAAUCAACGUACCAGAUACAAUCGGUUGGGCAUACAACGGUAUAUCGAGCGGGAUCUCGAGCAUAAUAUCGAUAUUCGGCCGGCUACCGUUCGUUUCACGGCCGACGAAUCCGACCGAGGAGGUCAGGCUCAAGUCUACGUUGCAACUUUUGCAGAUGAAGAAGCAGAACAGCUUCGCAUCGAUUAUACUUAUGCCAAUAACGCCUCAAAUAGUGCCGAUACAAUUGCCCAUUCAAGUG